AUGCAUCGCGACUUGAAGGUGGAAAGACUGGGAAGACUGCAUUCAGAGCUGGCUCCUGACAGCCUCUCAAAGCCAGAGCUGACUUUGCUGAGCCAGCUGAGUGGCAGCUGGCAGCCACAUUCCUUGGGCGAUGUGGCUAUGUCUCCAGUUCCGAGUCUUCCAAGUGAACCCACACUCUCGGAAUCCAUGGUGGUUACAUUUCCGCCAGAAGUUGAUUCGCCUGGUUCCGUAUCAACAGGGCAGGCGGACGCAGCAUCGAGAAAUUUGUCCAACGUAUUCCGAAACGUGACGGACCUCACAACGGCUCCAGAAGUUGAGCAGACUUACAGCUCGGAGCGAUGGAUCCGGCUCCUGGACUACAUUGCUGCAGCUCUUGUCGUCCUGAACUCAAUCGCGCUGAUCCUGGAGCUGGAGCUGGAAGGACAAGAUGCUGCACGGAUUUGGGUGGGCAGCUGCUUCUUCACCGGGGUUACGCUUAUGCAUUUCGGGUUUACCGAUCGCAUUGUUAAGCAUGUCACGGUGAGCUUAAUGAAGUAUUCAGCAGCGGCUUGGGAUUUCGGAGUCGCACAGACCACGAAGCCGGAGAGGCGUGAGCGCGUUUUCUGGUUGAUCAUUGGUGCACUAUUGGUGCCGCUGGCAGGAAGCUGGAGGAAGCUAGACAUGUUGCAAAGGAGUACCAUGGAGGGGAGAUAUGCUGUCGAGUGGUGCUGGAAGGAGUCAGUUUUCGGCAUAGCUUCGCAGCCCGUCAGCAACCUUUUGCGAGCCAUCAGCUCCUUGCGAGCAUUGCGCCUUCUUCGUGUGUUGCGGCUCUGCAAUGGGCUGCAAGUCCUGCUGAAAGCUUGUCAAUCCUUUGCAUCUUCGCUGUGUUGGUCAAUGGUGCUACUGCUGAUCUUCAUCAUUGUGGGCGCUCUCGUCAUCGGGAACAUCCUACAGGAUUUCAUUCAAGAUCAGUCAGCGAAUCUGGAGGACAGGCAGUGGAUCUGGCAUCACUACGGUACAGCUUACCGCUCUUGGCUCACCCUGUACGAGGUGACAUUUGCUGGCAGCUGGCCUACAAGAACACGCCCUGUUUUGGACAAGGUAAGCCAGGGCUUUGCAAUUUUCUUCGUAUUUUACAUUACGGUGAUUGCCUUUGCCCUUAUUCGCAUCAUCACUGCCAUCUUUCUCAAAGACACGCUCGAUGCCGCAAACAAUGACGCCGAACUGCAAAUCAUGGAGAACAUGACACGGCGGGAAAAGUUCGUGCGCCAUUUGCAGGGGAUCUUCCGUGCAAUCGACGACACAGGAGAUGGCAUGAUCACCCAGGAGCGGCUGGAAAAAGUCCUCUCCAAUCCGAAGGUCAGGGCAUACUUCCAGACCCUGGACUUGGACAUAACGGAGAGCACGGCACUGUUCCAUUUGCUCGAUGACGGAGAUGGUGAAGUAACGCUACACGAGUUUAUCUCUGGCAUACUUCGAUGCAAAGGGCACGCACGUGCGAUAGACCAGGUGGCUUUGCAUACAGACAUCAAGAUGCUGGACAAGAAGAUUUCCAGACUUGGGGAGGUGUUGGUCUCUUCUUCUGGCCGCAGAUCCGAUGUUGUAUCAGAUCGCCAUCUGCGCGACAGCCAUGCAGAACUACUCUGCAUGUUCAAUGCCAAGAGCAUGAGCAAGGAGAAUGCCCAAGCCCCCUCAUCAUUCCAUUCACCGCAAGCACGAGAGCGCAAUCAGUAG